AUAAUCAUGCAAAACAUGACAGCUAUUGUCGCUGACCAGAAAUCGUGAAAGGCAAAGAAAUACAUCUGAACGAAGGUGGUCGGUGCGAGGGUUGUGAUUUUCCAUGACUUUUUAUCUGUGCGUUGGUCUAGCGUGUUACCCAGCCACAUGUUUACAAUUUAUGGUAUAAUUUGGUUAGUUAUCUAUGGACAUUUUCAGCAGGCGGAGAUCAAACAUAAGUGGGAAUUUAAAAGUGAAUUGCCAUUUAAUGGUGAGUUACGCAAAAUGUCUUCCUCGGCCAACGAAUUAAGAGCAUCAGGAUUCGUAAUUUUUAGAAUGGUCUGUAAUCAGAUAGAAUAUUUGUUGUUGCAAACCUCAUAUGGUAAACAUCACUGGACACCACCAAAAGGACAUGUUGAUCCUGGGGAAUCAGAUUUGGAAACUGCACUAAGAGAAACUGAGGAAGAAUCUGGGCUAAGAAAGAUGGAUUUACACAUUAUUGAAGAUUUUAAUAAAACAAUUAAAUAUAAUGUAAGAGGAACACCAAAGACAGCUGUUUAUCUGCUUGCAGAAUUGAUCAGGCUUGAUACACCUGUUAAGUUGUCUGAUGAACACCAAGAUUUUAAAUGGGUACCACUAGAUAAGGCAUGUAAACUGGUGGAACAUCAGACAUUGCAAGAGGUACUCAAAGAAUGCAGUACUUUUUUACAACAAAAUCGUAUAUAAGUAAGUGGGUGCUCUUCACAUUCGUUUGGUUUUGUGUUUGUCUAAAGUAAACAUCUUACAUGAAGGACCUGGUAAUAUAGCAGGAAUCAACAUUUGGAUUUUAUAAAGAUGUGUGAUAGUAUUAGGUUGUUCAAUGUGAAAUGUGUAUUGUGACGUGUUGCCGU